UAAGGCUGGCCCAGUGCUCCUCCCACAAACACACUUUCCUGUGGUGCUCAGAAGGUCUCCUUUCUCUGUGUCUGGAAACCUGCAAACUUCAACGGAGGAAUCCCUUUCUCAAGUUUCCAACUUUUGUUUGAGCUAUUGCCUUAUUUUCUCGUUGGGGAAUCAUAAAUGGCUUCAAUCUUUGGAAACUUCCCCGUGGUUCUUCUUGUUAGCAGAGCACAGACACAGACCCUUCACGGAAGGACUGGAGCUGCCGCAUUUCCUACAGUUUCUGGCCUUCAAGUUCAAGAUAGACCGAACCGUGUUGCUGUUGUUGUGAAGGCCAUGGGAGAAGGCUCUGAAUCUUCAACCUCCCUGAGCAUUGUUAAAUCUGUACAGAAUGUUUGGGAUAAACCUGAGGAUCGACUGGGUCUUAUCGGACUGGGGUUCGCCGGUGUUGUAGCUCUUUGGGCAUCAUUAAACCUGAUCACGGCCAUCGACAAGCUGCCCCUUAUCCCGAGCACACUGGAAUUUAUAGGAAUACUCUUUUCUGCAUGGUUUACAUAUCGCUACCUCUUGUUCAAACCCACUCGGGAAGAGCUCUUCCAAAUCAUCAACAAGUCUAUCUCAAAUGUCUUGGACCAGUGAGGUUAACAACCUGCUUGACGGAGAUUCGGAGUUUUUGAACUGUUAUUUCAAUUAGCGUCGUCUAUUGUAUGAGAUUAACAUAGUGUUUGGUAAUGGUGUUGAGUUUGAUUUAUAAUGAUUUAGUUUGAUUUGCGUAGA